AUGGUAAAUAGAAGACCAGUUAGCAAGAAUAUUGUUUCAACAGGUCUUCUUGUUUCUGAAAAUCACAGAGUCAUGUUGUUGGCUCCAUACACUGCAGAAGAGGUGAAACAAGCGCUUAUGCUUAUUUCAAGUGACAAGGCACCAGAGCCUGAUGGGUUUAGAUCUGGGUUCUUUAAAGAUGCUUGGGAAGUUGUGGGUACUGACCUUACUGCCGCUGAUCUUUCUUUCUUUCAGAGUGGGAGAAUUCUCCGGGAAUGGAAUGUCACUACUCUAACUUUGAUCCCUAAGAUUAAAGUCCCUGCUUAUGUGAGUGAUUCCAGACCUAUAGCAUGUUGUAAUGUGAUUUGCAAGGUCAUCACUAAAAUGUUAUGUGAAAGAUUACAGUUGGUGCUACCAGAUCUUAUUGCUGAGAACCAAGGUGCGAUUGUUCAUGGGAGAAUGAUUUCCCAUAACAUUAUGAUUUUUCAAGACUUAUUGAGACAUUAUGGCAGGAAAAAUGUUGCUCCUGGGUGUAUGGUCCAAUUAGAUUUGAGGAAGGCUUAUGAUACCAUUGAGUGGUGUUUCAUUGAAGAAAUGAUGGAUGCUCUUCAAUUUCCUUCUAAGUUCGUGCAUUUGAUAAUGGAAUAUGAUGUUUUGUUAUUUUGCAGAGGUGAAGUUCAAUCUAUUCGUUUGAUGCUUGGUGGUUUAAAAACAUUCUCGAAACUUCUAGUUUGCAAGGUGCAACAUCUCUCAGGUUACACAAGGGGAAAAUUUCCAUUCAGGUAUCUUGGCAUACCUAUUUGUGCAAAGAGUAUUUCUAAUGCGGAAUGUGAGGCUAUUGUAGAAAAAAUGGUUGCAAGAGUGAAAGCUUGGAGCUCCAGGCAUCUCUCUUUCAAGGGAAGGGUUCAACUUGCGAAUUCUGUGUUGCUUAGUAUCCAUAUCUAUUGGGCCCAGUUGGCCCCUCGCUCUGUUGCUUGGGGAAGUGUUUGUAAAUUAAAGAAAGCAGAUGGUCUUGGUUUGAGACAGAUUAAGUUGUGGAAUGUUGCUGCCAUUGGUAAAUUAACCUGGGCAAUUGCUUCUAAAAAAGACUGCUUAUGGGUUAAAUGGGUUAAUUCGGUGUAUAUCAAAGAUAGUCAAUGGUGGGCGUAUAUUGCCCCUGUGGACGGCAAUUGGUAUUGGAAACAAAUUUUUUAUGUGACGAAUGUUAUGGCUCAAUUUUACUCUUCUAAUGCUUUGAGUUCUCUGCCAAGUUACUCAAUCAAGGAUACUUAUCAGAAAAUGCUUCUUGUUCAACAGAGAGUGCCUUGGGAUAAUAAUGUUUGGUGUAGAUUGGUAAUGCCGAAACAAAAGUUUAUUAGUUGGAUAAGUAUGCUUAACAUACUGAAAACUAGGGAUCAGUUGUUGAGGAAUGGUGUUUGCGUUGAGAAAGAAUGUUCGUUGUGUGCAGAUGCAGACGAGUCUCAUGAGCACCUUCUCUUCUCUUGUAAUUAUAGUAUGAAAUGUUGGUUGGCAAUUAAAUCGUGGUGUAGCAUUGGAGCUAGAAGAUUUAUUUUCUUUGGGGUGAAAGGAAUUAUUCAAUGUGGAAUCAACAACUGCUCCACACCUCAAAAACUUGUUACUCGGAUUAAGGGUGAUGUCAAGACUACAAUUCGUGGUGUUAUGCCUAAAAAGGCCUUUCGCAUCGAGGGUCUAGUUGGGGAGGGUCCUUCCUAG